GCGAACUCCCAGAGGCAUUUCAUCUACCUGUGAGGUGAAUGAGUGUAACGUUACAUCUGCGAAAAACUCAAGAAACGCAUAAAAACUGCGCAUAAAACUAUAAACAAAUAAACCUAACGAGUUGUUGGUUACAUAACUUGGAGGAGCAGAAAUCGGCGAGGUGAAUGUAGUCACCCUGAAGACUCAGAUCAGUGAUAAAGAGGGAUUAUAAGAUCUCAAUUUUACCGUAUGAAUAAGAGAAGUUUGGACGGCAUCAGACAUGAUGGGGAACUCUGACGUCAUGCUGAUUUUGACCUUUAUCACCACUUUAAUGUCACAUGCAGCAGGUGUCAGUCCUCCAGGCAAGCCCAAACACAUAUUGUGUCGCUCUCCAGAGAAAGAGACCUUUACCUGCUGGUGGGAACCGGGAGAUGAUGGGGGCUUGCCGGUCACAUACGCCCUCUACUACCGUCUAGAAAACUCAGAGAGAGUAUUCGAGUGCCCGGAUUACAGAACCGCAGGCGAGAACUCGUGCUUCUUCAACAGAAAUUACACAUCACUGUGGGUCAUCUACAACAUCACUGUGGUGGCCACCAAUGCCUUGGGCAAGAACGUUUCAGAACCCUUGGAUGUGGACGUGGGGUAUAUAGUUCAACCAAACAUUCCCGAGAACGUCACAGCGGAAGUGGAUGACAUAGACCAGGCCAUUCCAUUUGUGAAGGUGUCCUGGGAAAAACCAAGAUCAGCGGACACCCGAUCGGGGUGGAUCACGCUAGUUUACCAGCUGCGAGUUAAAACAGAAAAAGAUAAGGAUUGGGAGGAAUAUGAUGCUGGCAUGCAGAAAUACUAUAAGAUAUUCAGUCUUCACCCUGGUAAAGAAUACAUGGUGCAAGUGAGAUGUAAGCCUACACCACAUGAAGGGUUCUGGAGCAAGUGGAGCCAAACAACCUACGUCAAAAUGCCCGGUUACAUCCCCAGAGAACAUUCCCUAUGGAUCUUGAUUACUAUUUUCUCAGUUUUUGGUGUCCUCAUCCUCACCUGGACGCUGAACGUCAAUCGAAACAGUGUGAAGCUGUGUUUGCUGCCUCCUGUGCCUGGACCGAAAAUUAAAGGAUUUGACAAACAGCUGCUAAAGAAUGGGAAGUCCGAGGAAGUUUUUAAUGCUCUGGUAAUACAAGGUUUUCCACCGACAACCGAUUACGAUGGUUUAUUGGUGGAGUAUCUUGAGGUGUACGACAAUGAAGAGCAGGAAUUAGCAUUGGAUGGGAAAGAUCUGCCAGAAGACUUCCUAAAAUCCAAAAACCCAUCAGACAGCGACUCCGGACGGGGCAGCUGCGACAGUCGCACCCUGCUGUUGGAGAAAUGCCUGGAGCGACGAGAUGCAAGCGGUAAAAUGCAACACUACAGCCUGCAUGGAGAAACCAACGAAGGCAGCGAAUACCAGGGGGGUGAACCGGGUUCACCGCAGUCCACGGACGGGCACGCCAAGACCUGGCCUGUCGUUUUUUCGUCUCCACAAACACAACCUCACCAAUAUCAAUUGGGAGCAGCUAAACCCACCCAUCACAGCGUCCCAGAGAUUCGCAGCAUCUCUUCGACACCCAUCAGUUACCACCAAUUACAUCAUCGAGACUUCAGCAAGCCCCACUGUCAUCAUUCCCAAAGCUACAACCAGUUCAAUCCCGAAUCAGAAACCCUGCCUCAAUCACAAUCCAUGGAAUAUGUAGAGGUGCAGAGGAUCGACCCUGAAAACGUGUUAAUGCUCAGGCCUCUUUCAGACCCCAAUGGCGAACAGGACUAUUUUGAGCCCGCUGGAGAGGACUACAGCCGAGUCAAAGAGGUGACAUCAAACAAUAUGCUCCUUCUGCAGGCAGAUACGCCUCUGCAGUCCUCGGACGAUUACAGCCAGGUCUCGGACAGCCAAAGCGACCGAUGCUCGACCCAACAGCAGCUUCAUCCCUGCAAACCUCUCAUCCAAGUGUUGUGUAGUCCACUGGGAAAUGGUUAUGUGGACUCGACCGCAUUGUUCCCCUGAUACCGAUUGCAAUACAAUAAGCUGUCCACAUCUUAAACUCUUAUAACAUGAGAUUUUUUCAUUUUUGUUAUACAAUGUAAUAGCAACUUAUAAAGGCCUGCGAGAAGGACUUACCUUACUGUAGACAUGGCUUCUGUUUCAGUGGUUUCAAUUGGAUGAUUUGUAUUUAAAAUGAUAUUUAUAUUGCGAAGAUAACACUUAACUCUUUCCUCGCCUGCAUUUUUUAUGAUUUUCACAAAAGUUUAAUGCCUUAUAGAAAAUGCUUUUCUUUAAAUAUAUAAACAUACAAAAUAUUAAAUGAAAGAACAGGCCCUCUGAUUUCAAACAAACAAAAAAAAACAUUUCAUCCUACUUUCAUCAGUUCUCUUUUUAUCACCUCUCAAAUAUGGGUAGGUUUCUUCAAAAAAACCAAAUUUUGAGCAAAAAGAUGAGAUAAUUAAAUUUUUGUAAAGGACUUUUGACAGAGAUCAGAUGCAGAGUGAUCCUCAAAACUGUUUGCCCAAGGGUGAUACUUCCGGGUUUAAAAGUUGCGGAAAUGUGCACCAACUAAUGGAUAAUAGCGGUAUUGUGGAUUGACGAGAAAACUUGUCAAUGGCGGGGAAAGAGUUAAAGGAUUAGUCAAUUUUCUUUAAAAAAAUCCAGAUAAUUUACUCACCACCAUGUCAUCCAAAAUGUUGAUGUCUUUCUUUGUUCAGUCCAGAAGAAAUUAUGUUUUUUGAGGAAAACAUUGCAGGAUUUUUCGCAUUUUAAUGGACUUUAAUGGAACCCAACACUUCAUACUUAACUCAACACUUAAAAAAAAUUUUCAACGGAGAUUCAAAGGACUUUAAACGAUCCCAAACGAGGCAUAAGGGUCUUAUCUAGCGAAACAAUUGUCAUUUUUGACAAGAAAAAUAAAAAAUAUGCACUUUUAAAUCACAAUAACUCGUCUAGGUCCGGUCCUGUGAGGCCCCAGGGCGACCUCACGUAAUUGCGUAGUGAUGUAGAAAGGUCACGUGUUACAUAUAUGAAACGCACAUUUGCGGUCCAUUUUAAACAAUAAACUGACACAAAGACAUUAAUUAGUAUCAGUUGACAUACAACAAUGUCGGAACGGUUCUCUUUCAACACACUUGUAAACACUGGGGCGGAGUUUCGCAUUCGUCAUCUGUGACCUCUUGACGUCAUGACGUAUUGCGUGAGGUCGCGCUGGGGCAUCACAGGACCGGAGAUAGGUGAGAAGGUGUGGUUUAAAAGUGCAUAUU